ACAAACUUCCGGUUCUAUUCUGAAUUAAUAUCUCUUACGAAACAAAAAUAAAAUAAAACCAAAAAUCGGGUCGGAGUUAAGAGAACUAUAUUUCUUUCUUCACUUUGUAUCUGAGAUCUCUGCAUGUGAAUCUCGUUUCAUUCUAAUUUGGAUCUGCAUCUUCACAUAUCUCUUCAAAGAUUCAGAAUCACCGAUCACAAAUUCUAUCGGAAAUGGACAAUGGAGACAUUGAAGGCGGAGACGAAGAGUUUCGCGCGCCCCUCGGCCGCAAGUACCGGCCCGUGGUCGCUAACGAUCGCGCCGUUCUUCAGAUGUCUUCUAUGGAUACCGGAUCUCCCUCCGGUUCUUCUCUCAAGAAUGUGAAAGUAGAUGCGCAGGAAAACAUGGGUUCUGAUGCCAGGCAAAAUCAUGAAAAUAUAGGAGUCAAUGGCUCCCAGAUGGAUUCCAAAUUGGAAUUGUUUGGUUUUGAUUCUCUUGUCAACAUUCUUGGUCUUAGAAGUAUGACUGAGCAAAUUGCAGCACCUUCAAGUCCUAGGGAGGGUAGAGAUGGUAGAGAGGGUGAUGAUGCUCCUGUUCCUUAUGGGCGUCCACAGCCUAGUGAGGUAAAAUUGGGUACGAUGAUGGGUGUAUUUAUUCCGUGCUUGCAAAGCAUAUUGGGAAUUAUCUACUACAUCCGUUUCACAUGGAUUGUUGGGAUGGCUGGCAUAGGCGAGUCCCUGGUGCUGGUGGCAUUUUGUGGUCUGUGCACUUUCUUGACUUCAAUAUCAUUAAGUGCUAUUGCAACGAAUGGUGCAAUGAAGGGUGGGGGACCAUAUUAUCUCAUUGGUCGUGCCCUUGGUCCAGAGGUUGGAGUGAGCAUUGGACUCUGCUUUUUCCUUGGGAAUGCAGUCGCUGGAGCUCUGUAUGUGUUGGGAGCUGUAGAAACCUUCUUAAAAGCCGUACCUGCUGCUGGGAUUUUUAGAGAGACGGUUACGAAAGUUAAUGGCACAGCAACUGCACAAUCCAUACAAAGUCCAAGUUCACAUGACCUACAAAUUUAUGGGAUUGUUGUGACUAUCAUCAUAUGCUUUAUUGUUUUUGGUGGUGUGAAAAUGAUCAAUCGGGUUGCACCUGCUUUCCUCGUACCUGUUCUAUUCUCUCUAUUCUGCAUAUUUGUUGGGGUUCUUUUGGCAAAGAAAGAUUACCCUGCACCUGGAAUUACGGGCUUGAGUUUGAAAACUUUUAAAGAUAACUGGAGUUCAGAUUACCAGAAAACAAACAAUGCGGGAAUACCCGAUCCUAAUGGAGCUGUUACCUGGAGUUUCAAUGCAUUGGUUGGUCUCUUUUUCCCGGCUGUAACAGGAAUUAUGGCUGGGUCAAAUCGAUCUGCCUCCCUGAAAGAUACUCAGCGUUCAAUCCCCAUUGGAACUUUGGCAGCAACUCUUACAACAACUGUAAUGUAUCUCAUUUCUGUGUUAUUUUUUGGAGCACUUGCAACCAGAGAGAAGCUUUUGACAGACAGGCUAUUUACUGCUACAGUUGCUUGGCCUUUGCCAGCAAUUGUUCACAUAGGAAUCAUUCUCUCAACCUUAGGUGCCGCUCUUCAAAGCAUGACAGGUGCUCCACGCCUCCUCGCAGCAAUAGCCAAUGAUGAUAUUCUGCCUAUUCUUAAUUACUUCAAGGUAGCAGAUGGGAAUGAGCCUUACAUAGCUACAUUCUUUACUGCGUUCAUCUGCGUUGGAUGUGUCAUAUUUGGGAAUCUGGACCUUAUCACGCCGACUAUAACAAUGUUUUUCCUUCUGUGUUAUGCGGGUGUGAACUUAUCUUGCUUCCUUCUCGAUCUUCUAGAUGCUCCCAGUUGGCGUCCCCGGUGGAAAUUUCACCAUUGGAGCAUGUCUUUUCUCGGGGCAGCACUUUGUAUUGUUAUAAUGUUCUUGAUCUCUUGGUCAUUUACUGUGGUGUCUCUGGCCCUUGCAAGCCUAAUAUAUUAUUAUGUGAGCCUUAAAGGAAAGGCUGGGGAUUGGGGAGACGGUUUUAAGAGUGCUUAUUUUCAGUUAGCCCUUCGCAGUCUUCGAUCUUUGGGAGCAAACCAAGUGCACCCAAAGAAUUGGUAUCCCAUUCCAUUGAUAUUCUGCCGACCGUGGGGGAAGCUUCCGGAAAAUGUGCCCUGCCAUCCCAAACUUUGUGACUUUGCAAACUGCAUGAAGAAAAAAGGUCGUGGAAUGUCCAUAUUUGUUUCUAUACUAGACGGAGAUUACCAUGAAUGUGCUGAAGAUGCAAAGGUUGCCUGCAGGCAGCUUGAUACCUACAUUGAGUACAAGCGCUGCGAAGGUGUAGCAGAGAUAGUUGUAGCACCCAAUAUGACAGAAGGUUUCCGAGGAAUUGUUCAGACCAUGGGCCUUGGUAAUCUGAAACCCAACAUUGUUGUCAUGAGAUACCCAGAAAUUUGGCGUCGUGAAAACCUAACUGAAAUCCCAGCCACCUUCGUUGGAAUUAUUAAUGACUGCAUCGUUGCAAACAAGGCAGUAGUGAUUGUCAAGGGCCUUGAUGAAUGGCCCAAUGAGUAUCAAAGGCAGUAUGGUACAAUUGAUUUAUACUGGAUUGUGAGAGACGGUGGUCUCAUGCUCCUACUCUCUCAGCUCCUCCUCACAAAGGAGAGUUUCGAAAGCUGUAAGAUUCAGGUCUUCUGCAUUGCAGAGGAGGAUUCAGAUGCGGAGAUGCUUAAGGCUGAUGUAAAGAAGUUUUUGUAUGAUCUAAGGAUGCACGCUGAAGUGAUUGUCAUAACAAUGAAAUCGUGGGAGGUACAAGUGGAGGGAGUACCUCAACAAGAUGAAUCAUUGGACGCAUACAAUGCUGGUCAGCGUCGGAUUGCUCAUUACAUGGCUGAAAUGAAGGCUACAGCUGAGAAGGAAGGGACUCCAUUGAUGGCUGACGGGAAGCCUGUCAUUGUAAAUGAGCAACAGGUGGAGAAGUUUCUUCACACAAUGCUGAAGCUGAAUUCAACAAUACUGAGACACUCGAGAAUGGCGGCGGUUGUGCUUGUUAGUCUACCGCCACCGCCAACUAACCACCCGGCCUACUUCUACAUGGAAUAUAUGGAUAUGUUGGUAGAGAAUGUGCCGAGACUUUUGAUUGUAAGAGGAUACCGAAGAGAUGUUGUAACACUAUUCACGUAGCUUCAGAAUUGCAGCCUCGCCUGUAAUUGCCCCCAUAUUUUACUGUUCAUAUAUAUUUCUUUUUUUCCUUUCCGAUUUUUGUAGUUUAAUGUUGCAUUCAUUCUUUUUACUGCUAGUGCCAGAAGGCAGUCUUGUUUUCAUAGAAAUUUUAAAAUCAAAUACACAGCCCUUUUUGGGAUCUGGAUUUGAGUUAUAAUCUUGUUCUUUUUUUCUAUACAAUCUUGAAUCAAAAUUUCUGGUUUCUUUCGUUGGUUUA